AUGCACAAUGUCCUCAGCAUUCUCCCCAUAGUACAGAAAAGGCGUAUCAUGUGCAUUCUUCGCUUGGCUUCGCUGAAGGAAGUUGUCAUGUUUAGAACUAUGAAUGAACAAGUACUGGAAGCAAUUUGCGAGUAUCUCAAGCCAGUGACAUAUACCGAGGGCUGCAACAUUAUUCAAGAGGGACAACCACUUGAGAUGAUGCUUUUCAUCACGCAAGGCACUGCAUUGACUUACGUCACUAGUAGUACCAAUGGCGCAACAAGAAGUUCCUCCGUCAUCAAGUACCUCAAGAGAGGUGAUCUUUGUGGAGAAGAACUCUUAAAUUGCAUAUCAAAACUUGCUGCCUUUUCAGACUUUCCCAUCUCAACCAGAGUUGUGAAGGCCCAAACAAGAAUUGAAGGAUUUGCUUUAAGGGCGCAUGACUUGAAGAGUGUUGUCUCCAACUUUUGGUGGCAUUUUAGAAGGGAGGAGCUUGAUCGAGUAGAUGGCUCUCAAUUGCCGGAGUGGGAACAUGUGGCAGCUUCUUUCAUACAAGAAAAAUGGCGCCUCCGCCAUCAUGCAAGGUCUAGCAAAUCCUGUGAGAGUAUGCACUGA